AUUGCGCAGGCGGGUUCGCGACAGAGUCGGCGGCGCGCACCUGUUCCUGUACCUAGAGAGGGAAUUAAGAUAGAAAUACAUAUAUAUUACUAAUAACAUCAUGUCGGGCUUAGACAGCAACCCUUUCGCCGCUCCUGUGGAGGUGAACCCUUUCCAGGAUCCCUCCGUGACCCAGGCGACUAGCACGGGGAGAGAGGGUAUAGACGAGUACAACCCUUUCUCUGCCAGGGGCCAGGAUAAUGGAUCUAACAUACCUUACUCAGUUAAAACUCAGCCUGCUGUUCUGCAGCCCACCCAGGAGCCCAGUCCUCAGGCCGUGGCGUCGGCAGCGCAGGCCGAGCUCAUCAAACAGCAGGAGGAACUGGAGAAGAAAGCAGCCGAGCUCGAACGCAAGGAGCAGGAACUCCAGAACCGAAGCACAGAAAGGGGUAAAGAAAACAACUGGCCUCCGCUGCCGAGGUUCUUCCCGAUAAAGCCGUGUUUCUAUCAGGAUUUCAACGAGGAAAUCCCACUGGAGUACCAAAGGGUCUGCAAGAUGAUGUACUACCUCUGGAUGUACCACUGUAUGACGCUCCUCUUGAACCUGCUGGCGUGUUUGAUCUACUUUCUUGUAAAUACCAGCCACGGUGUCGACUUCGGCCUCUCCAUCGUCUGGUUUGUUAUCUUCAGCCCUGCUGCUUUCGUGUGCUGGUACCGGCCUGUUUAUAAAGCCUUCAGGUCCGACAGCUCCUUCAAUUUCUUCUUUUUCUUCUUCAUGUUCGCCUUCCAAGUGGUGGUGUACAUCAUCCAGAGCGUCGGCAUCCCAAGCUGGGGUAACAGUGGAUGGAUCAUGGCCAUCUCCAUGCUCGGAACUAACAACCCAGUCGCCGUGUUCAUGUUGGUGGUGGCCGGAUUCUUUACAGUCAACGCAGUGCUCUCAGUCAUCUUACUGAAAAUGGUCCACGGUAAGUACAGGAGAACAGGUGCGAGUUUCCAGAAGGCGCAGCGGGAGUUCUCUGACGGCGUCGUGACCAACAGGACGUUCCAGAAUGCUGCGGCCAACGCCGCCUCCUCGGCUGCUCGCGGGACCUUCCAGUAACGCGGCGCACUCUGAACUGUCCAUUACUCAUCCCACAAAACAUCACUUCUUCUGUGUGUCUCACACACUCGUCUGCUUCGGUUCCUGAAGGAACACACGAUAUGCUUAGUGAAGGAACUUUCUAUAGGGAUACUGUAGAGGUCAGUAAUGAACAAAACCUGGAUCAGAUUGUUAUUUUUUGUUUUGUUUUGUUUUUUUGGUUAAUGCACAUGAACAUUUUCUGAUGCUUUUAGUUUAGCUUUUUUUUUUUUUUGGACUUAGUGUUAUCAGUUGAUGGUGGACGAUAUGAUAAAAAUAUAUUAUGAUUUGCAAGACCAUUUAUAUAAUACUCUAUGUGGAUCGCAAUAUAUAGUUUUGCUACAAACUAGAAUAGUUUUGCAAGAAUAGUCAAACAAUAAUGUAUCUUCUUUUAAAACUAACACUGAUAAAUAACACUGAUGAUGAGAAAUUGAAAAAAAUAUUUAAAAAAAAAAUGGAUUUUACAUUUUUAAAGAUCAAGUACGAGAUACAGUCUCUCAAUACAGCAAAGUCCCAGAACUUUCUCAGAUAUGAACAGACCGCAGAUCUACAAACAAUCGUACUGUAGAUGCAAACAAAUCCCGGAAGUAGCUCAUGUGUAUUGUACAAAAAAUAGAUGCUGCCGUGCACCAGAUACUAAUAUUUACAAUUAUAUACAAUAUUUUCAGUCUAAAAGUGAAUGUAUAAAAUUUCUACAGUCCGGUGUAUUGUUUGUGUGUGCGUGUGGAGGUGUGGGAGAAAUGAGUCGGCCUCACCGGUUUCAAAGAAUCAGUCCGGGAGCACGAUGAUAAAAAAAAAAAAAAUGUCUUGUAAAGUUGUCCUGAUAGUGAAUAAUCCUAAUUUUGGAAACUCCUCAACAAAACAGAGCCGGAAACAGCUUUGAGACUAAAUGGCGUCUGUUAAAGCGCACAGUAAACACCUUCCCGAGUUCUCUUUAAUCGAGGUCAGCUGACCUUGCUGGGCCUCCGGGAUUCCCCACACGAUUUGGAGAUGUAGUAAUAUAGAAUCAAAACUCCAAACCUGUUUUAUUUUUUUUUAAUGCUUUACAUUGUAUAUUUUCUGUCAACGGUGUAUAAGACUCACUUUGUCUGACUUACGAGCGAAUCCAACUUAUGAACGUGCUCCCGGAACGGAACUCAUUCGUAAGUCUGGAAAUUACUGUAUAACAAACAAGCUUCUAGUCACUUUGUAGUUAAUAAAAAAAUAAUGAAAAUCCAUAACCCUCAUUAUAUCAAACAAAACCUAUUUCUAUUAUACCGUCAUAUUGCCCAACUGUUUAUUGUACAAAUGUUCAUGUUCCCUAAGAUGUAUACCUUUAUGGCAUUCAGCAGACAAUCUUAUCCAUACUGACUUAGUGGUUCUCUUUCGAAAACCACAUCCUCGUGCUAGUUGACUAGAUCAGACCCUGUAUGAUUCUGUACAUCAGAAAACAUCAACGUUUGUAGGAAAUAAAAAAUUCUAUAGGUCUGUAGAGAUUUUCUACCAUGUGGUUAAAUCCCAGCCACCUACAGUACCAGCCAGCUCUUUUAUAUCAGGUUAGAGUGAAGGCUCAUCUUGUAAAUUAAAUUCCUGUUUGUGAAUGCAGCCAAAGCACUUUUCACUCUGUUGUUCAUGAAGGAUUACAUGGAAGUCUGACACUUGGACAUGAUCUCACAGGUCAUACAGUUGGCUGGUGUCGCUGUGAUAGACAGGGGAGAGUGACCCAGAGGCCACGCCUUAUUUUGCUGUCUAGACUCUCCGAUACACAUCACUGGGAUUCAAACUGGGUUUUUUUUUCCAGUUGUUUUUUUGUUACACCAUUUAAGGAACUCCUGCUCUAAAUAUUAUUUCAGGAUGUCUUCGUAUUAGUACGUCAUCCAGGGACACUUAUAAUGGGCUUAUUAAAUACAUUGUUAGGAUUGUUCAGGUGCAUAAACUUUUUGUUUUAACGCAAUGGCAAAAAAUGAACAAAACACAUAAAUCUUAAAGUGCAUUAUUAUAAUUUUUUUUAUUAUUAUUUUUUUUAAUUUGUGGCUGCUAUAUUGGUGUACUUAAUGAAAUACAUGCAUAGACUCACUGCAUGGGUGGUGAAGGUGAAUAGUAAUAAAACGCAGCAUGGAGUGCAAGUAAAGCUCCUUCUAUUUCUAUGCAACACAAGCUGAAAUGUUUAAGGUUAUUUUUCUUAAACUACAGUGAAAACACAAUGGUUACUCUAAAGUUUGCGUAAAAAAGAAAAGAAAAAAAGCACACUGAUGGAGAGAGUGUUGCCUUGGUUACUGCAUGUAUAGCUAGAUCUUAUUGACUUUGGAUUUAUUUUGUUAUUCCAUUUUUUGCUUUAUUUGUGUUUUAGAUGUUUUAUUCUUACUGUAGCACAGUUUUGAUCUUUCCAGUGUUCUAAAAUUAUCAUCGAACAAAGACAUAAUGUCUGUGCGUUACAUGAAUGUUUCCAGCGUGGGAUGGGAUAUACAGUAGUAUGUACAGAGAUUAUUUAAGUCCGUAUUAUUAUUAUUUUUUUCAGUCAUGUGGAUGUGGAGUGAAAUAUUUUAUCAUCACAUUAACUGGGUGUAAAAUAAAAUUUGUUUAUAUUUAAUAAUG